CCGGUGUAAACAAACAGUAGUUAAAAAAAUGUAGUCUAUGUUUGCAUAUAUUGUAUGAUGUUGACAACCAAGGAUGAGUUCUACAGAUAAAAGAUAUGCUACCAGCAUUGACCUUCCAACAGAGGAUGUGUUUAGAAAUUUACAGAAUGCUUGUCACUUUGCUGUUGAUAUUGGUGGAUCCCUGGUAAAAGUUGCCUACUGCUCCAAACUACACAGAAGGACAUCACAAGUUCGUGAUCAUAAGGAGGACAAUAAUUGUAUUUAUCAAAUUUUGGAAGAAGAUGGCUACACAAGAAGAUUACAUUUUAUCAAGUUUGAGACAAAGUAUAUACACCAAUGUUUGGAUUUUAUUCGAGGACAUCUUAUGCAGUCAAAAGAAUUUAUGUUGGACAAGAAAAACAUUAAAGCUACAGGAGGAGGGGCACAUAAGUACAAGGACCAAAUUAUAAAGACCCUUGGUGUUCAGUUAGACAAGGAAGAUGAAAUGGAAUGCUUGAUUAAUGGAAGUAACUUUCUGUUGAAGAAUAUCCCAGAUGAGGCAUUCAUAUACCAAAGACAUGGCCAGCCAGAGUAUCAAUUUCAAGGAAUACAUCAUGAUAUUUUUCCAUACCUUCUUGUCAACAUAGGAUCAGGUGUCAGUUUUGUAAAGGUAGAAUCAGAGACAAAAUAUGAUAGAAUUGGAGGGACAUCUACUGGAGGGGGAACAUUCUGGGGACUUGGAUCUCUUCUUACAAAAGCCAAGACAUUUGAUGAUUUGUUAGAAUUGGCAGAGAAAGGAGACCACAAGAAAGUUGAUAUGUUAGUGAGGGAUAUUUAUGGAGGAGAAUAUUCUACCAUUGGGUUGACAGGGGAUAUAAUAGCCAGUAGUUUUGGUAAAGCUGCUAGGACUGAUAAAGAAAAUGUGCCUUGUUACAAAGAUGAGGAUGUAGCCAGAAGUUUAUUGUUGUCCAUUAGUAAUGAUAUAGGACAGUUAGCCUCCUUGUACUGUAGACUUCAUCAGUUAAAGAAGAUUUACUUUGGUGGUUACUUUAUCAGAGGACAUCCCCUUACUAUGCAUACUAUUAGUUUUGCUAUUAACUUUUGGUCAAAGGGUGAGAUCCAAGCGUUGUUCAUGAGACAUGAAGGAUACCUUGGUGCUAUAGGAGCUUUUCUGAAGGGAGCAGAAGAAGAAGAUACAGACAGAUAUACAUGGGGAGAGAACUUUGCAGGAUGUUCUGGUUUAUCUAGUUCUAAUCCAUUGUUAGAUAGUAGAGAAAGAAGUUCAACGUUUGAUAUGUUAGAACUUGAUAAAUUAGAAAAGAUGUUACAACCCUGUUCACUACUACUAGAUCCCAAAAGUUACCUUCCAGACACAGUUGAUCUGACAACAGAUACAGCUGCCAGGGAAUAUUGGAUAGAUUGUUUUUCUAACAGUGUUGAUAAGACAAGAGAUCAAGCAAUGGCAAGUCAAACUGGUCCUGAUGUCAAAGAAAGAGCAGAAACCUUUAAACAGAAAUACUUACAAAGAUUACAAGAACUUCAUGAUAAUCCUUGUGCAUAUGGAUCGCUUACUGUGAGAAGUUUACUGGACACCAGCAGUCACUGUUUAUCAGAUUGUCUCUUUACUGAUCCGUAUUCACAGUUGAAACAGACAGAGAAUGAACAAGCAUUGAAGUGCCUACCUCAGUUACUACAUAAGUUAGAUGGAUUAUCAUGGGAGGAGCUUCAGUUGUCUCUGGCUAAAGGUCUGCUGGCAGGCAAUGUGUUUGACUGGGGAGCUAGAGAGGUUGUAAAUAUUAUGGAAAAUCAAGAUUUUGGCUUUGUAGAGGCUCAGGACAAAUUACAAGAGCGACCUUGGCUGUGUGAUAAUUAUGAAGAAUGGCAUCAAAGACUUCAAGAUAAACCACAUAAAUGUGCUGUGAUAUUUGUAGACAAUAGUGGUGCUGAUAUUAUAUUAGGAGUAUUUCCAUUUGUGAGGGGCCUGCUCAAGAGAGGGACAAAUGUAAUAUUAUGUGCCAAUUCGAGACCUUCAUUGAAUGAUGUGAUAUAUAGUGAACUUCUAAUACUUGUAAAGAGAGUAGCAGAAAUUUCACCAGACAUACAGGCAGCCUAUAAGGAUGGUAGACUGAUGGUUAUGGACUCUGGGCAAGGAUCACCCUGUCUUGAUUUAAGAUUGAUUAAUUUUGAACUUGUGGAAUUGAUGAAGAAACAAGAGGCAGAUUUAAUAGUGAUAGAAGGAAUGGGAAGAGCCAUUCAUACAAACUUUGAUGCUGCAUUUAGUUGUGAAUCUUUGAAAGUUGCUGUGAUAAAAAAUCGUUGGUUGGCAAAUAGACUUGGGGGAGAUAUGUUUAGUGUUGUUUUUAAAUAUCAGAAACCCCAAAAAAUAAUUGCUGCUAAAUCAUAGCCCUUCUUAUGAGGUUAUAAAAAUGAGUAAUGUGGAUUCUUUUAAUUUUGUUGAUACAAAUUUUCUUGAAUUUCUGAUUUCAAAAUGAAGAAAAUUGAUGUAGAAAAAAAUAAUUCAGUGAUUUCUAUUUUCAAAAAUGUUAAAAAUAGCACUUUAAGUUUAUGAUCAAGUGUAAUUUCAAUGUUUUGUGAUUUUGGUAAGGACCUCUACUAGUGGAAAAUUGUUUAUCUCUAUUAAAUGUAUACUGGUGUAA